GGGGCAACCGGGACAGGAUCGGUGCCCCGACCGGGACUAGAACCCGGUGUGCCGGCGCCGCAAGGCGGAGGAUUAGCCUGUUGAGCCACGGCGCCGGCCAGGAUAAAUAUUUUUUAAGGGAGCAGGUGUUUAGCCUGGAGGUUACAAUGACUGUGUCGCACGUCAGCUCCUGGGUGCAGUUCCUGGCUGACUCCGGCUGGCGCAGAUUCUGCCGAUAGCUCUGGUCUAAGAGGCAGGCGUGGUGACGGCUCGGGUUAUUGGGUUCCUGCCUCCCCUGUGGGGCACCUGGAUGGCUCAGGCCUGGGGGAGUGAACCAGCGAGUAGGGGGCUUGCUCUCCUGCACACCAGCUCGCUCUUGCUCGCUCUCUGCUUCUCAAAUAAAAACUUCAGAUCGGUAUUUCUCAUGAUCUUACCAUUUUUUAAUUCUGAAGCCUUAGGAAGAGUAAAGCAUCACGUAAGUGUCAAGCAUUUCUAUGAUGAGUUUUUCAUUUUUAAGUGUCGGUUACAGGCGGGUGUCGUGGCCCAGUAGGUAAGGCCGCCUGUGUGCAUAUUGGAGCCCCAGUUGGAGUUGCAGCUCCUCUGCUUCCUCCAGCUUCUUGCUAAUGCACCUGGGAAGCAGCAGCUGAUGGCUCAAGGAAGUGGGUCUUGGCCAUGACCCAGAUGGAGUUCCUGUCUCCUGGCUUUGGUCUGGCCCAGCUGUAGCUGUUGCAGGCAUCUGGGGAGUGAACCAGCAGAUAGAAGGUUGGCCUGUGUCUGUCUCUACUUUCCAAGUAGAUGAAAAUAAUAAGCUUUUUAAAAGACGUGGUUAAUUGAAGACUGACUCGUGUCCUAACCCGAGUUUUUAACUCAUGCCUGUAUCAACAGAAAGGGUACAAAGAUGUGGCAGACUAGGUGAUUAAUAGUGACCGAUCCAGCUCAGCACCAUGGCAAGCCUCUCAAGUGUCUGCGGAACAUUUUCUUAAGUUGAUCAUAUGAAAGCCACAAAACAAGGGGGCAGAUGACGUUCUGGGAGCGCUGGGAUGCUGGUUUUUAAUCCCGUGUUUACUGCAGGAAACCUAGUUAUUAGAACCAAGUGCCAAAGAGAGAACCUAAGGAACCAGUAGCCAUGGAAAGGAUCGGGAGAGUUAGAAGUCGGUGGGCCCUCGGCGCGGCAGGCCCCGCUGGCGCGGCAGAUGUCAGCAACGCUGGUCAGAGCCAGGAGCCGUGAACACCGUCCAGGUCUCCCACGUGGGUGCAUGAACCCAGUCACUUGAGCGACCACUGCUGCCUGCACGGGCCUGCGUUGGCAGGAAGCUGGACUCAGGAGCCAGAGCUGGGAAUGGAACCCAAGCACUCCGUUGUGGGCUGCAGACGUCUUUGCUGAUUAAAAAAAAAAAAAAAAAAAAGAGAAAAUCUCCAGAAAGCCUUCAUGAAGAAGGGGCGCCAGCAACAUGAUGGAUUCCGAAGCUCAUGAGAAGCGGCCGCCGAUCCUGGCGUCGUCGAAGCCGGACCGGUCGCCGCACCUGGCCGACGUGGGCGAGCUGAAGCACUACCUGUGCGGCUGCUGCGCGGCCUUCAACAACGUGGCCGUCACCUUCCCCAUCCAGAAGGUCCUCUUCCGGCAGCAGCUGUACGGCAUCAAGACGCGCGACGCCGUGCUGCAGCUGCGCCGGGACGGCCUGCGCAACCUGUACCGCGGCAUCCUGCCGCCGCUGCUGCAGAAGACCACCACGCUGGCGCUCAUGUUCGGCCUCUACGAGGACCUGUCCUGCCUGCUGCACAGGCACGUGCGCGCCCCGGAGUUCGCCACCCGCAGCGUGGCGGCCGUGCUGGCGGGCACCACGGAAGCCGUCUUCACCCCGCUGGAGCGAGUGCAGACGCUGCUGCAGGACCACAGGCAUCAUGACAAGUUCACGAACACCUACCAGGCCUUCCGGGCGCUCAGGCGCCACGGCCUCGGGGAGUACUACCGGGGCCUGGUGCCCAUCCUCUUCCGGAACGGAUUCAGCAACGUCCUUUUCUUUGGCCUCCGGGGUCCCAUCAAGGAGCACCUGCCGACCGCCACGACCCACAGCGCGCACCUGGUCAACGACUUCAUCUGCGGGGGCCUGCUGGGCGCCAUGCUGGGCUUCCUGUUUUUCCCCAUCAACGUCGUGAAAACGCGUAUCCAGUCCCAGAUCGGGGGGGAGUUCCAGUCUUUCCCCAAGGUCUUCAAAACCAUCUGGCUGGAGCGGGACAGGAAACUGAUCAACCUCUUCCGGGGCGCCCAUCUGAAUUACCACCGCUCCCUCAUCUCCUGGGGCAUCAUCAACGCCACAUACGAGUUCCUGCUGAAGGUUGUGUGAGGAGGGACACCGCCAGGCCGGGCUGUUCUCCAGCGAGGAUUCGACCUGGCCGCGUUCCCACUGGGCCCACACACAGAUGGGCAUCCAGGCCACCGUGAGUCGUGGACAAACUGUUUUCCUUAAGCAUCGGCAGAAAGAGAAUAAAAGGUUCCACUAGGAAAAUGGCAGGGGUUCUGAUUUGUGUAUCACACCCAGGAGCUUCAGGCUGCCGGCCUGGAAAAGCCUUGCACCUGGACGGGGCCGCCUGGCCGCCGAGCUCGGGCGUCUUCCCCUCGGCAGUCCGCGCGCCUUCUGAAUUGAAGCCCACGUGGGCGUGAGCGGCCAUGGCCCCGGACUUCCUAGCUGACUCUAUCUCUGUUUCUGGAUCCCCUGCCCUCCGGGGCAGUGGGAAAGGGUGGUGUCCUCCUGAACUCGGACGUGCACUUGGCGUGGGGCAGGGAGCGCACCUUCGAGGCACAGAUGUUCCAUGAUAAAGUGUUUGUGUUCAGUUCUGAAACAGCGCCUGUUGGGAUCACACUCUCCAUACUGUUUCUAUGGAGAUGGGAGAAUCGAGCAGCUGACACAAGUUGCUGUUUUGUUUUCUAGCUUUGUAGGUUUUCUGUUGAAUUCUGAACGUGACCUUGAGCCCUCCUGAAAUAACCUUACGUUUGUUUCACUGCCAAAAGACAGGAGGACUUAAAUUUUGUUAGCAGGUGUUCCGUCCUGUUGAGCAAUCGUUACUUGCUUAUAGAUCAAACUGUCCACUCAGUCUCUGAAUUCUUGGUGCCAACUUAGCAGAGUUUUGUCUUUUUUUUCUCCUUGAGUGGUAAUUUGUCCUAUACAAGCGCCUGUUCUCCUAAAACUAUACUUUUGAGAAAUAAACAAGCACUUCCAUGAAAUUUUAUUUUGGAAGUCUGCUAGUGCCCCACAUUUUCCCCCUGGUUUCUGACUGCUGAGGGGGACGUGGGCCACAGGCUCCGAUGGCCUUCGCCCCAUCGUCUUACUUUACUCUUGGACACGGAGACGAGGACUUUGACAUGUUGACAUCCUGUGUCAUCCAAACAGUGAGAGCAGACAGGUACAGAAAGACAUCUGGAAGGUUCUGAGUUCUAGAGGUUGCGUCCUCAUCCCUCACCUAUUGCUCUAUCUGUCAAAGGAAUUAGAAAAUAGUUAAAUAUCCCAAUGAGUAAAGUACAGUGACGCACACGCCAGUGGACUAAGGAGGCCUGCAGGAACAGUGGCUCAGGCACCUCGUGACCCCUCACCCUCUGUAGAGGAGGCGGCUUCUGGCGUCCGCCGUGUCCCAUCGUCCUGGUCGCCACCUGUGAACACGUGUGCGUACUGGCCGGAGUAAGAACCCGGUCUCCACUGCCUGUUGCCUCCAAGUUUCUGUGCAAAGCCCGGCGCUGUUGCCCUCUAAGUGCAGUGAGGAGGAGGAAGGUGCACGGCAGCGGGUGCCAGGCACCUGUCGGUGCCGAGAUGGAGAAAGCAUUUGCUGUCCAGAUCAAGAUGCAAGUGGAAGGGUUUCAGAACAGGACGCCAAAUAAAUGCCAGGAGCCUCUUUUGGCCGCUGCAUAGUCAGGGAUCAGGUUUCAGGCAUGAAUGAAGGUGCCGCUAUCCCUCCUAUGUGUGUGACCCUGGGUGCUCAGCGAGGCAGGGUGAGCUCACCCGGGCUGUAAUCUGGCCCUGGGAAUGCACUCCUGGGGGCUGGUUUUUGUCUUCACACUCCAGGCAGGUGACAGAACGCUAAUCUGAAGCCCUCUGCUGAAAUACACGUGAGGGAAGGCUUCUAAGGAAAACGCUGUCAGGUGCGCGGCGCUGAAAGGUAUUUUUAAUGGUUUUAGCUCAUUGCUUUUAUUUGUCACUCUCUACAGCUUUUGAAGACCAAACUGCAAACACAUCGCCGGGGUUCUGUGUUGUCCUGUAGACUUGGAUAAGUUGACACAGACCUUGUAGCCAGCUGCCUUGCCUGCCCUUGAAGUCAAAAUGUGUUGGGCAUAAGGGAUUCUCAGCGCUGUUUCUAGCUUCCGUGCGGACCAGCACGGUCGGAUGACAAAGGCAGACAUGACGGGAGCCAGCUGCACAGCUUUAGCUUGGCCUUUCUGUUCCGUGCGCGUCACAGCUCCUGCGCACAGGACCCUGUCCCCCAUGUCUGCGGCGUGAGACCUCAGGGCCGCCUCGCAGAGUAAACACAGCCUUCACGUGGUCAUCAGUUAGUGUGUUACCUGUUUCCUUCAUGCUUGGCAACACAGAUGAUGUGUUUUUGUCUAAAUAGUCAAUACCCAUCUUAACUUAUGGUUGCUUAUCUAAUCACUCGCCAGCCAUGGCAAACUGUGCAAUAAGAAUGGCGUAUUCUGGUUCUUAAUGCCUGCGGUGCCCGAGCUCAGGUACAGCAGCAACACUCGGUGUACGGCCCCGCGGCGUGGAAGAGUGGGGAGCAGACGGGCUUGCGGUGGGGCCCGGGGGCUGGCUCAGGGCUGCUGAUUCUGUGCGCCCACACUGGCUCGGCUGGACGAAGCGCCCCAUUUGGGGGUGGAGGGAGGGUGCGGCCUUUGUGUGCAGGUGCCACAGGACUUGGUUUCAUUCUCCUGUUUCCUUAUUGCAAAUACAUGCAUACCGAAGACUUGAAGAGGCAUUCUCCCUGAAUUUGAGGAGGACUUUCCAUUUUCAAUCCUGUCUCUUUGCUUGAUGUUGAAUACUUGCUCGCCUCCGUGGCCCCCACGCGGUGUGUGUGCAUGUGGGUCUGCACACAUCUCUCUGACAGUUUCAUUAUUAAAAGUGACUUCGCACAGAACUGCUGGUCUGACACUUUGAGUCACGUGACCGGAUGACUGGCAUGAAGUCCGCUGGAUGUUUCCGAGUCCACAGCCUCUUUCUGGGGAAUUGUAAUAAAGUUGGUUUUUUAAGUCCA